AUGCAAGCCUUAAUGAAACUUGGUCUCUUCCUGUGCUUCAGUCACGCCCUCGCAGUGAACAACGCCUAUUUGCCGGCUAGCGAAAAUUACGCUCAACACAAUCCACUUGCCACGGAAUACUACAGUUACACUGCACCAGCGGAGGAUGACCAGUCGCUGCCCUUGCAAGCGGCAGCCCGUCAGCUGGCCAAGGCAUUCACACCUCCCCAGCAAGUUGUGUUUAUUCGCACGCCAGAAACAAAUCUCUUCACGCUAACUGCCAAACAGCUGGCGGCACAAAAUGCGCUGGAUAUCUAUGUGCUUCAGCGGCAAAUGGAUACCGCGUCUUUGGAGCAACAGAGGGCAGCCAUCGAGCAGCAGGCGGGUCACAAGCCCAGUGUACACUUUGUCAAAUAUCGUACGCCCGAAGAUGUGACUCGUGCUCUAAAUAGUCUGAGGUCUGGCUACGAUCAGCUGCCGGGCAAAACCAGUGUCCACGCGGUGGAAACAGCAAAGGUCAUUCAACUUAAUCCAGCAGUUACUGCUGCACCUCUACCGCCUCCUCCUCCGCCACAAUACAGACAGCAGUCACCGGAGCAGGUGGUGUUCAAGAUUUUGCCCAAGGGCGGCGUCGAUUAUGAGACUCACGAGCAGGCCAAUGAGCUCGAAACUGCCAAGUUGCAGGCACUGUUCCGGCAAUACCUACCCACUGGUCAACAUUAG